AUGCUUCCCCGACAUACCUUUGCAUCGCGCUGGCUAUCCCAGUUCUCUGAGCUGGUCCAACAUGCGCCAGUUUCGCCUAUAAUCAAGGUCAAAUUCGCCAGGCCCGGUCAGCCUUCGUCUCCGUCCAUCUUCCGCCGGGGAUUCUCCUUCGGGGCGAACGUUACCCCCCACCAAGGCCGAAGCUUCCGGAGUCAAACACAGUUCGGAAGAUCCGCAGCGCAGAACCUCGCUCGCCGGCCACAAUCGGCAACAUUCCGGCGAUUCUUCAACUCGUCCCAGUCGAAACGCUACUCGUCGCAAUCCGGAGAAUCGGGGUCGCUCUCGCAGCGACUGAAGACGCUUUCGCGCGAAUACGGCUGGUCUGCUCUUUGGGUGUAUCUGCUUUUGUCGGCGAUGGAUUUCCCCAUCUGCUUCGCCGCUGUUCGUCUGCUGGGCGUGGAUCGCAUCGGGCACUAUGAACAUGUGAUUUUGGAAUCCGUGAAGGGUGCAAUUCAGACCGUUUGGCCUAGCGCACCCGAGACUGAAUCGCAAUCUGAACGUCCAACCAGCGAGGCCACGAAGGAACAGGCCAAUGAACCUGCGGCUGAAGAACCCAAGGCAGAUGGUGAAGCCAGCCUAUGGACACAACUGGCCCUCGCCUACGCCAUUCACAAGAGUUUGAUCUUCAUCCGCGUGCCCUUGACAGCGGGCAUCACCCCCAAAGUUGUCAAGGUCUUGAGACAGUGGGGCUGGGACAUUGUCAAAGGGAAGCCCAGGGGCAUGUAA